CACAGGAAGUCAGUCAGUCAGCCUGUUUGGAACAAACCGUGUCGAACAUUGACCUGAAAAAGUGGAAUUUUAUUUGUGUCCGUCUGUGUCUGUUCACGGUUGAAAUCAUGUGAUCUGCUUGCGUCAUCCAGCUGUUUACUUUUGUGACAAGCAGUGGAAAAGGACUUGGUUUCUGCAGACGUGUGGUGUGCAGGUGUUUAGCAGCCAGCCAUGGAUACCACCACCUCCCUGAAGAUGACCUCCCUGGCUGUCCAGAGUCUGUUCAGCUACGUGGAGGAGGAGAACCUGGUUGCCAUCAAAGCACAUUUGGACAAGUUCCGAGAUGUGGACAGCAGGAGUGAUAAUGGACAGACUCCCCUGAUGGUGGCUGCUGAACAGGGCAAUCUGGAGAUAGUACAAGAGCUCAUUAGGAGAGGAGCCAACGUUAAUUUGGAUGACUCUGACUGCUGGACGGCGUUGAUCUCGGCAGCAAAGGAGGGCCACAUCGAGGUGGUGAGGGAACUGUUGGAGAACAAUGCAAACCUGGAACACCGAGACAUGGGAGGUUGGACUGCUCUCAUGUGGGCAGCCUAUAAAGGUUGUACAGAUGUGGCCCAGCUGCUUUUGGACAAAGGAGCUAACCCUAACAUCACUGGUCAGUACAGCGUCUACCCCAUCAUCUGGGCAGCAGGUCGCGGCCACGGAGAGAUUGUCCAUCUCCUGCUGCAGCACGGUGCCAAGGUCAACUGCUCAGACAAGUAUGGUACAACCCCAUUGAUUUGGGCUGCUCGGAAGGGCCACUAUGAAAGUGUGAUUCACCUUCUGGCAAACGGCGCAGAUGUGGACCAGGAAGGAGCAAAUUCAAUGACAGCUCUGAUUGUGGCCGUGAAAGGCGGCUACACAGAGGUUGUCAAGGAGCUGCUGAAGAGGAACCCGAAUGUCAACAUGACAGACAAGGAUGGCAACACCGCUCUGGCCAUUGCUGCCAAGGAAGGACACACUGAGAUCGUUCAGGACCUGCUGGAUGCCGGGACCUAUGUCAAUAUCCCAGACAGGAGCGGGGAGACGGUGCUGAUUGGUGCAGUUAGAGGAGGUCAUGUGGAGAUUGUCCGCGCCCUGCUGAACAAAUAUGCUGAUAUUGACGUCAGGGGCCAGGAUGGAAAGACUGCCCUCUACUGGGCAGUAGAGAAAGGCAACGCUACCAUGGUGAGAGACAUCUUGCAGUGUAACCCUGACACAGAGAGCUGCACAAAGGAUGGAGAGACGCCACUUAUCAAAGCAACAAAAAUGAGGAACAUAGAAAUAGUGGAGCUGCUGCUGGAUAAAGGAGCCAAAGUGUCUGCUAUUGACAAGAAAGGAGACACGCCCCUCCAUAUUGCCAUCCGAGGGCGGAGCCGAAAGUUGGCCGAGCUGCUUUUGAGGAACCCCAAAGACGGCCGCUUGCUUUACCGCCCCAACAAAGCUGGAGAGACCCCGUACAACAUCGACUGCACCCACCAGAAAAGCAUCCUCACACAGAUAUUUGGAGCCAAGCACCUGUCCCCGACAGAGUCGGAUGGAGACAUGUUGGGGUACGACCUGUACAGCAGCGCUCUGGCAGACAUCCUGAGUGAGCCAACCAUGCAGCCGCCGAUCUGUGUUGGGCUGUAUGCUCAGUGGGGCAGUGGCAAGUCUUUCCUUCUGAAGAAACUGGAGGAUGAGAUGAAGACAUUUGCCGGCCAGCAGAUAGAGCCAUUGUUCCAGUUCUCGUGGCUGGUGGUCCUCCUCACGCUGCUGCUCUGUGGCUCAGUGGCUGUGGUCCUCGGCUUUACUGUUGAUCCUAAACUGGCAAUCGCUGUCUCCCUCAGCCUCCUCGCCCUGCUCUACAUCUUCUUUGUGUUGGUGUAUUUCGGAAGUCGCCGCGAGAGGGAGAGUUGGAACUGGGCGUGGGUCAUCAGCACUCGACUGGCUCGCCAGGUCGGCUACCUGGAGCUGCUCCUCAAACUGAUGUUCGUCAACCCCCCUGAACUUCCCGAGCAGACGACCCGCGCCCUGCCUGUCAGGUUCCUGUUCACCGACUAUAAUCGCCUGUCCAGCGUUGGAGGGGAGACGUCCAUGGCUGAGAUGAUUGCCACGCUCUCGGAUUCCUGCGAGAGGGAAUUUGGCUUCAUGGCCUCGAGGCUUUUCAGGGUUUUCAAGAAUGAUGAAGUCCAAGGUAAAAAGUGGAAGAAAACGUGUUGUGUUCCCUCCUUCGUCCUGUUUGCCCUGACACUAGCCUGCCUUAUCACCGGCAUAGCCUUGUUAGCCAUUUUUAAGGUGGACCCAGAGAACUUGACGGUAAACGCAGUGCUGAUAGCUAUGGCCACUGUGGUGGGUCUGGCUUUACUGCUCAAUUGCAGGACCUGGUGGCAAGUGGCAGACUCGGUCCUCAACUCUCAGAGAAAACGUCUGCACAGUGCUGCCAACAACCUGCACAAACUCAAGAGUGAAGGCUUUAUGAAGGUUCUGAAGCAUGAGGUGGAACUGAUGUCAAAAAUGGCCAAGACCAUCGAUGGAUUCACCCAGAACCAGACACGUAUGGCAGUCAUCAUCGACGGCCUGGACGCCUGUGAACAGGAUAAAGUGCUGCAAAUGCUCGACACGGUGAGGGUCCUCUUCUCCAAAGGCCCCUUCAUAUCCAUCUUUGCCAGCGAUCCCCACAUUAUCAUAAAAGCUAUCAACCAAAACCUCAAUAGUGUACUGAGAGACUCCAAUAUCAAUGGCCAUGACUACAUGAGGAACAUCGUCCACCUGCCAGUAUUCCUCAACAGCAGGGGCCUCAGUACAGCCAAAAAGCUUUGCAUGGCAGCCCCCCCCAAUGGAGAGACAUUGCCUGUUGAAGGAUGGCAUGAAGACAUGGACAAGAAGUUGUCUCAGAACAACUUGGGCCCGGACCAGGCCAAGUUUGGCAGCAAGAACGCCCUCAAUCGCAGGGACACGUACCGACGUCGCCAGAUGCAGAGGACCAUCACCCGACAGAUGUCAUUUGACCUUACCAAGCUGCUGGUCACUGAGGAUUGGUUCAGUGACAUUAGCCCACAGACAAUGAGGAGGCUGCUCAACAUUGUUUCUAUCACAGGUCGUCUCUUGCGAGCCAAUCAGAUCCUCUUCAACUGGGACCGCCUGGCGUCGUGGAUCAACCUGACAGAGGAGUGGCCUUACAGGACGUCGUGGAUCAUCCUCUUCCUGGAGGAGUCCGAGGGAGUGUCUGACCAGGUCUCUCUCAAGACCAUUUAUGAGAGAAUCUCUAAGAACAUCCCCACCACUAAGGACGUGGAGCCACUGCUGGAGAUUGAUGGAGACGUCCGCAGCUUUGAGGUCUUCCUCUCCUCCAGGACUCCUGUUCUCACUGCCAGAGACGUGGAGAUGUUCUUGCCCUGCACCGUCAACCUGGACCCCAAACUCAGGGAGAUCAUAGCAGAUGUCCGUGCGGCCAGGGAGCAGAUGCACAUGGGAGGAGUGACCUAUCCCACGCUGCCACUGCAAGAGACAGUGCCCCGUCCACAGUCAGGUUACAACCAGCACUCUCUCGCCUGCUCUCCGGCGGGCUCCUUCACAGGAUCCUUGCCUCCUCAGCCUCACAGUGCCUACUUCAGCGGGAUGACUGGCCCACAGCACCCCUUCUAUAACAGGCCUUAUUUUCCCCAACAUGUGUAUCACCUGCCACGGCAUUACUCCCACCAUGUUCCCUCAUCCUUGCCUCCCUCCAUUAAACCACCUGGCCAUCCUCAGGACACCAGUGGACUUCAUUUAAAGUCGCUGCCUUACAAAUUAAAGCAGGUCCCUCCUGCGGUCCUGCUCAGCUCUAUGAACACGGACACUGUGUGUGAACGUCUGAAACAGAUCGAUGGAAUUGACACCAGCAUGCUUCAGCAGUACACCUCCACCAUCAAGAAGGCUAAUAUAAAUGGUCGGGUGCUGUCCCAGUGCAACCUGGAUGAAUUGAAGAAAGAGAUGAAGAUGAACUUUGGUGACUGGCAGCUCUUCAGGGGAAUGGUGGUAGAACAACGUCAUGCUGAAAGCCAGGCUCUGCUCCAGGAAGAGACCCGUUCUGUGAGCGAGCAGGGCAGCAGCAUGGUCCACGGGGACAGCAGGAGACGCUUUGGAGGAGCCCAGCCCGAAUCGGCGGCUUUCGGUCUCAACCUCAGUUUUGAGGAGCUCAGUGGAGCUGGACUGGAGGAGCCUCCGAGACACAACAGCAGCUCACACUGGCAGGUGGCAAAUCACCAUACUUUGAGCAUGUCCAGCCUCAACUCGCAGGAGUCCUCCAAUGACAUCUGUAAGCUGACAGACAAGCAGCAGGCCGAGUACCGAGAUGCCUACAGGGAGUACAUCGCUCAGAUGGCCCAGCUGGAGAUGUCCGGCAGUGGAGGAGAAAGACCCAUGCAGCCUCAUCCCGGUCAAUUCCUGCAGGCUGCCAGCUCAGAGGACAAAGGGGCCAAAGAAGGAGCAGACCAAGACGGCCGCAAGUCCCUCACCAAGAGAGGCUCCAAGACGAGUGAUGCCACAGAUUUCGCCUCGGGGGCUGAUGCCCAGACCCUGGACCCCAUCAGUGAAGAGGACGAGAGGCCGGACCACAGCUCAUCCUCCAGGACUCCAGGCUCCGUGAAGAAGGGAGCUGGGGCCUACUACUACAAGGUGCCCAACGAUGAAGACUCAGGCCCAGAAGAAGACAACACCACACCUCUCCUCCACAAAGAGGCAACAUCUGGUGCUCACUCUGCCCAGAAGGCCUUCCCGCCCACCAUGCCAGACUCCCUCACCGAGAUCCUCCUCGAUAAGAAGGACUCUUCCGACUCAGGGAUGCGCUCCAGCGACAGCUCCUCCGACCACUCGUCCGACCGCUCGUCCGACCGCUCCCUGGAAGAGCCUCACGGAGACGCCGACAUUGAGGGAGAGGCUAUGAAGUGCAGUCUGAUCGAACUGGAGCUGGAGGGGCUGGUGAAGAAGAGAGUCCUGCUGCCCAGCAGCCUGAGCGGCCUGCAGGAUGCCACCGUGGCCCGCAUGUCUAUCUGCUCCGAGGCCCCGUCUGAAGUCAGCCUAAUGGCCAGCAGCCCAGAUGAAGGGUGGCCGUCCAGUGGGGUCACCAACCUCAACCGCAGCGCCAGCAACGCCACCCUUAACAACAACACAAGCAGCCCAAGCGACGCCAACACCAACACUAACAACAGCCGGCAGCAGCAGGCCAACAUCUCCGUCACACAGUCCACCACCACCUCCUCCUCUAACAUUGACGUCUCACCAGCUGUCAUCAUCACCCCCGGCAGCAGCAGCAGCAGCAGCGGCAGCGGCACUGCUUACACCACGGCUGCCACCAUCCACAACCAGAACCUGCACACCGUCAGCAUGGGAGACGAGCGGGAGAGCGUCCUCUAAGACGCCAUAUGUGUUAAUUAUUCGUGUAGGCUGCUGUUAUCCAUGUUGUUGAUUUGAAAUUAUCACAUUGUUAAUGUUGUGAAGUGUCCCAAAGACAUUAGGGUAGAUGCGUGUUUGAGUGUUAGGAAGACGAAAUGUAGAAAAUGUUUGGCUGUGAAUCAAGUAGUCGAGCAGCGUGAUACCCUUGAAUUAGUCAAGUCGUAGAGAAAAGAGGAUCUAGAGAAAAGUCUGAUACAGUUGUAGUUACAAGAUAGUUACACAGUAGUUACCUCGGUAUUUAAAUGUAGUGGAAAACCCUGGGAGUGCUAUAUCUUUCCCAUGUUACAAGGCAUGUUUCAGUCCCCGUGUUUGAAUAGUUACAGUGUCAUUUCGAUGGAGUGUUGUGAACAUUUUAUUACUUGGAGGAAAAGUGUUGCUUCAGGAAUUGUAGUCAAUAGUGAGGUGGGGGGGGGAAAGAAUAAAAUAAAAGGUCAAACAGGUGGCAGUGUUAGACAGUGUAGUAGUAGUUUAUGUGGUAGAAGAAGUGCAUGCGUCCGACUCCUACGUGCUUCUGGUCUUUUCCCAAAAGUUCAUGUGAAAGUGUGUUUAGUGAAUCAAUAAACAGUUUGACGAUGCGGACACUUGAAA